CAAAUUAACUGCAAGCCAAUCGGCUUGGAGGGCGUCAUCGCGUGCGUAUCUCUGAUUGGCCAGCGGAGCGCCGAUGCCCAAGCCGUUGCAGCGUGUGAACAUGGCGAACAUCAGAAGUGUCAAGGGGAUGGUAGGUCUGGUGACCGGAGGGGCCUCUGGUUUGGGCAAAGCCACUGUGGAGCGGCUCAUCAGUCAGGGGGCCAGCGCUGUGAUCCUGGACCUGCCCAGCUCAGAUGGACACAAGGUGGCUGCUGCUCUCGGAGACCGAUGUGCAUUUGCCCCUACUGAUGUCACGUCGGAGGCAGAUGUAAGAUCGGCUGUGGAUUUGGCCAAGGGGAAGUAUGGUAAAGUGGACUUGGCGGUGAACUGUGCUGGGAUAGCUGUGGCUUUGAAAACAUACAACUUUUCGAAGAACAUUCCUCACAGUCUGGAGGACUUCACUCGUGUUAUCACUGUGAACAUUGCUGGGACUUUUAAUGUGAUCAGAUUGGCUGCCGGGGAGAUGGGAAAGAACGAGCCUGAUGCGGAUGGACACAGAGGCUGUAUCAUCAACACAGCCAGCGUUGCUGCUUAUGAUGGACAGGUGGGUCAAGCUGCUUACUCUGCAUCUAAAGGUGGGAUUGUGGGUAUGACGCUUCCUAUUGCUCGAGACCUAGCACCAGUGGGAAUCCGUGUGGUCACCAUCGCCCCAGGUCUGUUCUCCACCCCACUUCUAGCAGGAUUACCUGAGAAAGUGCGAAGCUUCCUUGCCAGACAGGUGCCCUUCCCGUCGCGUCUAGGAGAUCCAGCUGAGUUUGCUCACCUCGUGACCGCAAUAGCAGAAAACCCCAUGAUCAAUGCUGAGGUGAUUCGCUUGGACGGAGCCAUCCGCAUGCAACCCUGAGAGGAAAAAGGAAAUGGGUGAAAUAUCCAAAACUGCUCUGUGACCUAAAACUGAAGACCUAACCGUACUAAGCUUCUUUUUUUUUUUUUAGCAGUUGAGAUACUUUGUAUCUGAGUGGAAGUGCUACCACUCCUGUGAGUGGAAAUCUUGUAGAUUUUUCAACUCUUGAGUCACGUAUUUAUAUACUGACUGCACUUCUGUGCCUGGGGAGGUACUAAUGAUUGAUGUGUCUACAUAGAAAAUGCAUUUGUGCAAUCAAAGUUGCACAGGAGUCGUGCAUGUCUCUGGUAUCCACAUAUCCUUUUGUGUAAAAUACUGGAUAAUUAUUGAAAUUAAAAUAUUAUUCAUACAAUUCAAAUGAAA